UUGAUCAUCCACUUGCAUAACCAUGCGUAAGCUUCUUUGUGGCUUUGCAAGAAAUCAAUAACCCCAACAACAACCUUGUAUAACCAACCCAACCUCAAUCCCAUUCCUAUCAUCUAUCUCAUUACUUUCUCAGCCCUUAUCUCACGGAGCUGAAAAAGAACAAAGAAGAAAAGAAAAAGAAAAAAAAAACCUUAACUACACCAAAACUAUAUUGCAACUUGUACUACAAAAAUAUUUCUCACAUAACACCUUUGCCUCUCUUACUUCAUAUAUAGCUUUCUUCAUUUUCUUCUUCAUCAUUAAAUCAUUAACACGCAUGUUCUCAUAAUCAUAUUCAUCUCCCUUAGAGAGUUUCAUUUUUAUUGUUUAUUUUUUAGAUAUAUAUAUAUUUUUUUUUAAAAUGCCAUCAAGUUUUUCUCUUCAGCUUGAGAGAUUCAACCGUACAACCGAUGCAACCACCUACUUAGCCAUAGCAAACGGUGCAAACUGCCCUAGACAACCACAAACACCACCACCCACGGCGGCGCGUCGUUUAGUUAUCCCAUUUCCACCAUCUUUAUCUUCUUCCAACGGAGGAACCCUAGUCCUAGACACGUUAUCUCUUCACCACGCACACAUGGUUGGACCAAACCAGUGCUGCUCCGUCGUCACACAAACAAUCUCCGCCCCUAUCUCCGCCGUAUGGCCUGUAGUUCGACGCUUCGAAAAUCCACAAGGAUACAAAAACUUCGUCAAAAGCUGCCAAGUCAUCACCGGAGAAAACAUCACCGUCGGCGCCGUCCGUGAAGUUCGUGUUGUUUCAGGACUUCCAGCUGAGUCCAGCACUGAAAGGCUGGAGAUUCUUGACGAUGAACGCCACGUCAUCAGCUUCAGUGUUGUUGGUGGGGACCACCGUCUGAGAAACUACCGGUCGGUGACGACGCUUCAUUCUGUCGACGGAGAUAGGACACUUGUCAUUGAAUCAUACGUUGUUGAUGUACCGCAAGGUAACACGAAGGAGGAAACGUGUUUUUUUGUUGAUACUAUUGUACGUUGUAAUUUACAGUCGUUGGGUCAGAUCGCUGAGAAUACUAUCAGAAACUCUGAGUCUGAGCAAUAAUCAUGAAUGAACUCAUUUUUUAUUUUUUAUUGUUUUUUAAUAAUUUGGGUUGUGUUUUUGUUUCGAAUAUGGGGUUAUGGAUCUUAUGAUCAUUAUCGUGACAUAGAUGCCAGCCUGUAUUGGGAAUUUAUGGAUGGGUAGAUUAGAUCAGUAGGGCUUUUUUUCUGAUGGCAAAUGUAGUUUGAAUAUGAUAUGAUAUGUAUAUAUUGAUGAUGUAUAAUGGAUAUGCAUUUGAUGAUAUUUAUGUCACUAAAUAA